AAAAUUUUUUAAUUAUUUUUAAAAUCGUUCAUGUCACAUAGCUUAACCUGUAAAAGAGUUUGAUAUAUGAUAACAGGUUCUUUAUAUAAUCUUAUAUUUGUAGUUGGCAAGGAAAUGGCAUUGUUUCAUAUUAAGGCAGUCAAGUAAGGCAGUCAAGUACAUACACAGCCUUUCUAUUUCAUAUCAGUACUAAGCAAUUGCAAGAGUGAAUGCCAAAAUGUUAACAAAGAAGACAGGCAAAAAACAAAAAAUUAAAUUAGAACGACUGAUAAACAAGCUGUAUGCUUACAAAUAUGUGUCUUUUUGUAUAUUUUAGUAUUCACAUCUUUGAAAUAUAUAAUACAAUCUUAGUACUUGGUAUGGCUGCUGGAGGAACACUGCAGAAAGCUAUUGAUCUGGUUACAAAAGCUACAGAAGAGGACAAAAAGGGAAAUUAUUCUGAAGCACUUCGAUUAUAUGAACAUGGUGUUGAAUAUUUCCUUCAUGCAAUCAAAUAUGAUGCUCAAAGUGAGCGAUCAAAGGAAAGUAUACGUGCCAAGUGUAUAUCAUACUUAGAAAGAGCAGAAAAGCUAAAAACCUUCAUUGCUGAUAAAGAUGCGAAAAAGCCAGUUAAAGAUGGUGAUGGAAAAUCCUCUGGUGGCAAAGCAGGAAAUAAUAGUGAUGACGAGAGUGAAGAAAAUAAAAAAUAUAAAGCACAACUAGGCGGCGCCAUUGUGAUGGAAAAGCCAAAUAUAAAAUGGUCCGAUGUUGCUGGAUUGGAAGCAGCAAAAGAAGCAUUAAAAGAAGCAGUCAUCUUACCCAUUAAAUUUCCCCAUCUUUUUACAGGGAAGAGAACACCUUGGAGAGGAAUUCUGUUAUUUGGUCCUCCUGGUACUGGAAAAUCAUAUUUAGCAAAAGCUGUUGCUACUGAAGCCAACAACUCAACAUUUUUCUCAGUCUCAUCAUCAGAUUUAGUGUCGAAAUGGCUUGGAGAAUCUGAAAGACUUGUCAAAGCUUUGUUUGAGAUGGCUCGAGAAAACAAACCGUCUAUUAUCUUCAUAGACGAAGUUGACUCACUGUGUGCCUCUCGUAGUGAAAAUGAAAGUGAAUCUGCUAGAAGGAUCAAAACAGAGUUUUUGGUGCAAAUGCAAGGUGUUGGUGUUGAUAACGAUGGUAUCCUUGUUCUUGGUGCGACAAAUAUUCCAUGGGUAUUAGAUUCUGCCAUUCGGAGAAGAUUUGAGAAGCGUAUUUAUAUUCCACUGCCAGAUGCAUCAGCCAGAUUGACCAUGUUUAAUUUGCACAUUGGUCAAACGCCACAUUGCAUACCACCGGAAAAGUUUAAGCAAUUAGCACAGAACUCUGAAGGCUACUCUGGAGCCGAUAUAAGUAUCGUUGUCCGAGAUGCGUUGAUGCAACCUGUUCGAAAAGUGCAAUCAGCUACUCACUUUAAAAGGGUGCGAGGAAAGUCAAGAGAUAACCCAAAUAUAGAAGUUGACGACUUGCUGACGCCAUGUUCACCAGGUGAUCCAAAUGCACAGGAAAUGAGUUGGAUGGAUGUCGAUGGUGACAAACUGUUGGAACCAGUUGUUAAUUUUGAUGAUAUGAAGAGAUCGCUUCAUUCUAUUCGACCAACUGUAAAUGAAGACGACCUAGUAAAAUUGAAAAAGUUUACUGAAGAUUUCGGACAGGAAGGUUAAAUGUAUGGAAAAUCGUUAUAACGAGCGUUGGAAUGAUGGCAAAAAAAUUGUAAAUAAACUUAGCAGCAUAAAAUUCUAUGGUUAUUACAUGGCAUGAUUAAUGAAAUGUUGUAAACUUAAAAACACAAAAACCAACAAAUUGCCAUGAACAAGUUUAAGUUAAUUUUUAAGUGAUUAAACAGCAUUAUGAUUUCUCCAUUAUCUAUCUAAUAUCUAUUACCUAUUAUCUUGCGGCAUAUUUUUUUGGAAUUGAUAGUGAGUUUUUGUGACAAAUUUAUAUCAUAAAAUGAUUAUAUAUAGUGGAAUCUCACUUAAAGCGAACACCUGUCUCAGAUAGAUAGUUUGAUUUGAACCAGAAGAAUUCUUUAAAAAACUCUCACAUUGCAGUCUCCAAUGUGGACACAGGUAGAUCGGUCGGUAACCUUUUAACGCAGACACCUUAUGUGUGUGAUAAUUUCUGUUAAAUUUUAGCGUCCUAAAAGCUGAAAUUAGUGAAUAUUUUUUAUUCCUUUUUGUCGUUUUGUUUAGACGAAAUAAUUUCAAUGGUUUUCUCUAAACCAUUCGGCAACAACCACAUGGGCAAUGUCAAAUUCGUAUUCUCUUUCUCAGGGGCAGACAUCUUUGGUAUCCGCUUUAAGAAGGUUCUACUGUAUAUAACAUAUUUGGCGAGGACGUUCUGUUUAGUUUCUUCCUUUGAUAUAUUAUGGCUAGAUGUCUACGCUUCCUGUUUUAUUGUGAAAUAAAAUUCGACAUUUUGUA